AUGAUGGACAGUUCCCACGCAACGUCGUGCUCCGGCGUCAGCGACGGCGACGGCGACCGCCUGAGCAAGCUGAAGGACUGCGCGCUCGGCCACAUCCUCUCCUUCCUCCCGGUUGAGGAGGCGGCGCGCGCGGCGCUGCUGUCGUCGCGGUGGCGCCACGUUUUCGGUGCCGUCCACACCGUCUCCCUCGAGGAGCCAGAGGCCCAAUCCCCGACUACGACGACCGCGGCUGCUACUCCCCCGGACCCCAACGCGCCGCCGCCCUUCUACAGCAUCGUCAGCGCCGCGAUCAUCGCCCGCCAACGACGACGCGGCGCGGUACCCCUGCGAGCCCUCCGCGUCGCCGUGGAACGCUACCGCGGUCUCCGCGGCGAUUCCGUGACGGUGGACCAGUGGGUCUCGUAG